AUGCUGAGCGGCGUCCGAGGGGCUGCGCUGUCCGUCGAGGACGAGGAAGACGACGACGACGACGUCAGCGGGGGAUAUAUUGGGACAACGCAGCAAGAUGAUAACCUCGAAGACGGAGGAGAGAGGAGGAGCAAGCCCAAGAAAAGGGGUCUCGGAGGGCAAUUGGCCGAGUCGGACCUAUGGCCCCUGCUAUUCUUUUCUCUUCUUUUUGCCUCCCCGCUCCCCCUCCCCCCUUUUGGGAUGGAACGAAGGGGAAUGGUGACGCUUGGACAGGCCAGUCCGUUGCCUGCCCGUCUCCAGGCCGAGUCCCGUCCGACUCUCCUUCCCAGGAGGGAGGCUGGGAAGCUGGGAGGCUGGGAGAGUGCAUGCGUGAGACUGAAGGAACUCUACUCUGGGAGUCUUAUGAUCGAGAUGGGCGUCUAUGGGGGCUAUGGGGACGAUGGUGGCUUGGGUGAUAUGCGGGUCUACAGCCUACUAACAGGGGGCGGCCCGGCUGGACAUCCUGCAUCCUGGUCAACGCCGAUCAUUUUGCCUAUUUCACACUCGACUGACCCAUCUUCGCUCAAUCCAUUAGACCAAACUCUCGACGACAAGUAG